AUGGCAUCGUCCCUCAAGGCAUUGCUUGUUGAUGAUAUGGCAGUUGAACGCUUGGUUGCCUCCGCCAUGCUGCGGAAGUUUCAUUGUGAGAUCACCAUGGCGAAGAAUGGGAAAGAAGCUGUUGAUAUGUUCCUUGAGGGCAACGAGUUUGAUAUUGUUGUAUGUGAUAAGGACAUGCCCAUAAUGACCGGUCCUGAGGCAGUUGAGAAGAUCCGUGCUAUGGGAGCCACCGAUGUGAAGAUCGUCGGGGUGUCCGCUGAUGAUAACGCCAUGGAGGCGUUCAUGAGUGCCGGCGCUGAUGACUUUGUGCCCAAACCAGUGAGGCCUGAAAUUCUCGAACCUAUGAUUCAGGAGGUCAUCAAUAAGAAGAAUAAUUAGCGACGGUCUACGGCAAUAAUCUAGCUUGCUUAAUCCCGUCAUGAAGAAAUUUUAAAUGUUCGGCUAGCUCAUUUCUGCUAGCUCCAGUCCGCAUUAUAUUAUUAUUGUCGUGUUGCCGUAUUGUUUCGAGGUCAUGUUAAAGGUCGGACGCCAUUAGCAAGAAGAGCAAGAGAGUCUGCCAACAAAUUGAUUUUAUCUGUAGGUCUUUCAGUUAUAAUCCGCUAAAUUCUGUUAAUUUAUGCUUCAUGGUCUGUGACACGUGCCUGUAUGUGUCUCUAUCCGGAGGAAAAUUAUUCGGCUACCAACAAGUGUUUGGUAAUUGUUUCAUGGGUUGGAUUUCUUCUAUAGUGUGGUGUACACCUUCGUAUAAAGCUAACCAGUGGCCGAUUGUAAUACUCUUUCUUUAAACAUGAGAAAAUAUGUGAGAAUACUAUAUCAUUAGU